AUGAUUUUAAAAUACUGGAUUGUCCUUCUUUUCACGAAUCUAUGUUAUGUUUUAGCAUUGUCAGAUAAAUCUUACGUGCGGUUAAUUAAAUGUGGCGAGGGACUUUUUGAUCCCAAUCAUUAUACAUGCUUUGGUACCUUAGCAUGUCCAAUUUUAGACGGAGUUGCAUAUCUAAGAUGCGGUGAAGCCUGUUAUUCUCCUAAAUUAUAUCACUGUGUAAGCGGCGUACUUCAUCAAGGACCAGAACCUCCUGAAAAACAAACCCCACAACGCACAACAACACCAUAUUAUCCUCCUAAUAAAAUAACACCACAGCCAACGCCGACAACGUCUCGGCAUCCGACUUUUACUGUUCCACCACCGUCACCGAAACCUAGUGCCAAAGGGAAGCCUGGUAAAGGAGAUGCAAGUAGCAACGUUAUGAGUUUCAGUGUUUUCAGUAUUGUUAGCAUUGCAUUCCUUAUAUUAGUUCUUUGA